AUGUGGGGAGUCACCCCGGGGUGGGCGGCCGAUGCGGAAAUGCUCCAAAGAACAUCAGAAGAAUUUUUUCCAAAGAUGGAAACUUCAGUUGAAGAGAUGGAUACCUCUGAUACCCAGUGGGGCUGGUUUUAUUUGGCUGAGUGUGGUAAAUGGCACAUGUUUCAGACUGAUUCAAACAGUCAUUGCUCUGUUAGCAGUGAAGACAUUGAAAGGAGCUUCCAAACAAAUCCGCAUGGUUCUGUUUCUUUUACUACUACGAAAUUUAACUACACACUAGACUUUUCAGUGAUGAAACAAACUAACCUAACUACCCUUAAGCAGCGUCCAAUAAAGCGAGCUCCCUUUUCUAUCAGUGCUUUCAGUUUCAUCUGUGAAAAUGAGGCUAUCCCUAUGCCUUCACACUGGGAGAAUGUAAAUACUGAGGAGCCAUAUCAGCUUAUUCCAUUGCAAAAGAAAACAAAUGAAUAUGAUGAAGUUUCUAGUCUCUUUGGCAAAACAAUGGAUAGCCACCGAAUUAAAAGAAUUAAAAGAAUACAAAAUCUAGACUUGUGGGAGUUUUUUUGCAGGAAAAAAGCUCAACUGAAGAAGAGGAGAGGUGUCCCAACUAUUAAUGAGCAGAUGUUAUUUCAUGGCACCAGUAGUGAAUUUGUAGAAGCAAUAUGCAUACACAACUUUGACUGGAGAAUAAAUGGGAUGCAUGCUGCUGUGUAUGGAAAAGGGACCUAUUUUGCAAGAGAUGCAUCAUAUUCCAGUCGUUUCUGCAAAGAGGACAUGAAGCAUGGAGAUACUUUCCAAAUUCAUGGUGUGAAUCUGCAGCCUCAUCUGCAUAGAACAGAUAAAGUCAUGUUUCUUGCUCGUGUGUUAACUGGUGACUAUAUCAAUGGCGAUUCAAAAUACAUGAGGCCUCCUUCAAAAGAUGGAAGUUUUGUGAACUUGUAUGACAGCUGUGUGGAUAAUACCUGGAACCCAAAGAUCUUCGUUAUCUUUGAUGCAAACCAAAUCUACCCUGAGUAUUUAAUAGAAUUUUGUUAA